GACGUACGGGCGGUCAUGUGACUUAAGCAUGGCGGUAUUUGCAGAUUUGGACCUGAGAGCGAGUUCAGACUUGAAGGCGCUGCGUGGUCUCGUGGAGAACGCCGCUCAUGUUGGCUAUUCAGUUGUUGCCAUCAAUCACAUUGUUGAAUUUAAGGAAAAGAAACAGGAAAUUGAAAAACCAGUAGCUGUUUCUGAACUCUUUACAACUUUGCCCAUUGUACAGGGGAAAUCAAGACCAAUAAAAAUUUUAACUAGGCUGACAAUUAUUGUUUCUGAUCCAUCUCACUGCAAUGUUUUGAGAGCAACUUCUUCGAGGGUCCGGCUGUAUGAUAUUGUUGCUGUUUUUCCAAAGACAGAAAAACUUUUUCAUGUUGCUUGUACACAUUUAGAUGUGGAUUUAGUGUGCAUAACUGUAACAGAGAAACUACCAUUUUACUUCAAAAGACCCCCUAUUAAUGUGGCAAUUGAACGAGGAGUGGGCUUUGAACUUGUCUACAGCCCUGCUAUCAAAGACUCCACAAUGAGAAGGUACACAAUUUCCAAUGCUCUCAAUUUGAUGCAGGUCUGCAAAGGAAAGAAUGUAAUUCUAUCUAGUGCUGCAGAAAGGCCUUUAGAAAUAAGAGGCCCGUAUGACGUGGCAAACUUGGGCCUGCUGUUUGGGCUGUCUGAAAGUGAUGCCAAAGCUGCCGUGUCCACCCACUGCCGAGCAGUGCUUCUCCACGGAGAAACUAGGAAAACUGCUUUUGGGAUUAUUUCUACAGUGAAGAAACCUCGGCCAUCAGAAGGAGAUGAUGAUUCUCUUCCAGCCUGCAAAAAAGCCAAGUGUGAGGACUGAAAAGAAUCGCCCAGUCUCUGUCAACACUUCCUUCUUCCCUUUUGUAGUCCAUCAGCCACAACAGAAAUAAAAUCUUUGUGUGA